GAGAGCCGGGCUGCGGAGCCCAGGCGGGCAGCGCCAGUCCGCCAGCCCUCGGCCGCCCGCACCAGGCCGCUCUCCCGGAGGAGAAGCGGGAGAGCCGCGCAGAAUGUAGCACCAGUCGCAGGGUAUCAUGGGUCUUGUAGUUCCGUGGCUCAUCAGGCUCACCGCCUUGGCUGGGUGAUUCGGGCCGAGAACUACAAAGCCCAGGGGUCUGGAGCGCGGCGACAGACUGAUAAAUUGGGAGCUACUCGGAUGGUGUUAAACUGGCUCUUUGUCUGCAGGGGGCUCCGGGGUGGUCGCUGGAUUGGGCGCUGUGCGUCGGGCGGGGGUAGCGCAGGUGAGCCUUAUUGCUGCGCUCCAGCCCCGCAGCCUCUGCACUCGCGGCCCCGCCCCAUCGCCACCGCGCGGGGCCUGGGCCUCCUAGGGUGCUGCCUCUCGGUGCAGAACCGUAUGUAUGGCGCAAGGUCGAUGCGAGACCCGACAAAGCCGUCCCUAAAAGGCCUUUGCCUUUCCCCGUGAAUCUCUAGGUUUGGGAUAUUGGGCUGCUUCAGAUUGUCCACAGCGGUUGACUACGAUUUGCCUCAUGCUGUACAAGGGAUGUGAUUUUUGCCAACAGGCAGAUAGUUUCUGUGACUGUGUGAUGUUUGGAAUUCUGGGGACUUUUCAGAGGACAUAUAAAUGCCAAGACUCCAAGAGGUGGGGUUGGUUCUUGAUCACCACUUGUUAAGUAAUUGUUCCUACGCAAAGAAGAAACAACAACAAGAAAUUAGAUAUCCUGAUGGCAAAGAUGGAACUUGCCCCAAGGAACUUGACACCCCUAAUCAGUAGGAAGUAGUCCUGCUGGGGCCCUUCGACCCGAGCCACUGGCUUGCUUACUCUGUACUACAAAUAUGAGGUUUGGUAGCCUGAAGACAGCAGACUGUGCUUCUCAACUACAGUUCUCUGUACCUCUAGAUGGUUUUAUAAUUUCAGGAAUGUCUUCAUAUUUCAUAAAGAAAACUCCCAGAGAUGGAAGAGCUGACCAAUCACGCAGACCCAAACUCAACCAUCCAUUUUUCAUACUUCUCCAGGUCUGCCGCUGAGACAGACUUGGCGAUUUUCUUAAGAGCCAACUCCAAGUCCCCUCAGGUGACAGGCAUCUGUCCUUGGAGCUCCUCCUUGGACAGGGCCUGGAUCUCUUCUGGUCUUAAUCCAUUGAUGUGAUGUCUCAUUCUGUGUCUCUGGAGUCACAGGUGUCUGAAAGAAGAUGAAUUUGGCGGAGAUUUGUGAGAAUGCAAAGAAAGGCCGGGAAUAUGCGCUUCUGGGAAAUUAUGACUCGUCAAUGGUGUAUUACCAGGGAGUGAUACAGCAGAUCCAGAGACACUGCCAGUCACUGAGAGACCCGGCCACCAAAGCCAAGUGGCAGCAGGUACGGCAGGAACUCUUGGAAGAAUAUGAACAGGUUAAGAGUAUCGUCAGCACUUUAGAAAGCUUUAAGAUGGACAAGCCCCCUGACUUCCCCGUGUCUUGCCGAGAUGAACCGUUUAGAGACCCUGCAGUAUGGCCACCCCCUGUCCCUGCGGAACACAGAGCACCACCUCAAAUCAGGCGUCCAAAUCGCGAAGUGAGGCCUCUGCGGAAAGACGUGGGGGCAGGAGCCCGGGGACUCGUGGGCCGAGCACACCAGAUAUCGAAGAGUGACAAACCUGCAAGUCGGGACAAGGACUAUAGAGCAAGAGGGAGAGAUGACAAGGCAAGGAAAAAUGUGCAAGAUGGUGCAAGUGACAGCGAGAUUCCCAAGUUUGAUGGCGCUGGGUAUGAUAAGGAUCUGGUGGAAGCCCUGGAGAGGGACAUUGUGUCCAGGAACCCUAGCAUUCACUGGGAUGACAUAGCAGACCUGGAGGAGGCUAAGAAGUUGCUCCGGGAAGCUGUCGUCCUGCCCAUGUGGAUGCCUGACUUUUUCAAAGGGAUUAGAAGGCCAUGGAAGGGUGUGCUGAUGGUUGGCCCCCCAGGCACUGGUAAGACUAUGCUGGCUAAAGCGGUUGCCACUGAAUGUGGGACAACCUUUUUCAACGUCUCCUCUUCUACCCUGACAUCUAAGUACAGAGGCGAGUCUGAGAAGUUGGUCCGACUGUUGUUUGAAAUGGCUAGGUUCUAUGCCCCUACCACGAUCUUCAUCGACGAAAUUGAUUCUAUCUGCAGUCGAAGAGGGACGUCCGAUGAGCAUGAGGCAAGCCGCAGAGUCAAGUCGGAGCUCCUCAUCCAGAUGGAUGGAGUUGGAGGAGCCUUAGAAAACGAUGACCCAUCCAAAAUGGUGAUGGUCCUGGCUGCUACGAACUUCCCCUGGGACAUUGAUGAGGCUCUGCGCAGGAGACUAGAGAAAAGGAUUUACAUUCCUCUCCCGACAGCAAAAGGAAGAGCGGAGCUCCUGAAGAUCAGCCUCCGGGAGGUAGAGCUGGACCCCGAUGUCCACCUGGAGGACAUCGCCGACAAGACGGAGGGCUACUCGGGUGCCGACAUCACUAACAUCUGCAGGGACGCUUCUUUGAUGGCGAUGAGACGGCGCAUCAAUGGCUUGAGUCCAGAAGAGAUCCGGGCCCUGUCCAAGGAGGAGCUGCAGAUGCCUGUCACCAGAGGGGACUUGGAGUUGGCUCUUAAGAAAAUCGCCAAGUCUGUCUCAGCGGCAGACCUGGAGAAGUACGAAAAGUGGAUGGUUGAGUUUGGGUCUGCGUGAUUGGUCAGCUCUUCCAUCUCUGGGAGUUUUCUUUAUGAAAUGUGAAGACAUUCCUGAAAUU